CAUUUUCUUGUUUUAUAAAUACCCACAACUGCUAGUGGAAACAACCAUUUUCUGCAUCUCUCUUGCAGGUUUGUGAGACAAAAGCUCAAAACACAGAAAAAAUCAAGCUUUUUUUCUCAAUACCCCCCCGCCCCCAAACACACACCCCACCCCACUAAGGUACAAAUUUCCAUUCUUGUAGUUUUUUUUUUCCAUGGGCUUGGUAAAAGUUGAAUCUUUAAGCUGCCCUUUUGUAUGAAAUGGAAUUCUUGAUAUAUCUUGGCCUUAAACAAGCUGGAAAUGGAGCUCCAAAGUGAUCAAUCAAGGGAGAUGUCAUCUGAGAGGAAGAUUGGGAGGGGAAAGAUCGAGAUCAAGCGGAUCGAAAACACAACAAAUCGGCAGGUUACCUUCUGCAAGAGGCGCAAUGGUUUGCUCAAGAAGGCCUAUGAAUUAUCUGUGCUUUGUGAUGCUGAGGUUGCACUAAUUGUUUUCUCAAGCAGAGGCAGACUCUAUGAGUAUGCCAAUAACAGCGUUAAAGCAACAAUUGAGAGGUACAAGAAAGCAUCCUCAGAUUCCUCAAGUAGUGGCUCUAUUUCUGAAGCUAAUACUCAGUAUUACCAGCAAGAGUCUUCAAAACUUCGUGCACAAAUCAGUAAUUUGCAGAAUAGCAAUAGGAAUAUGGUCGGUGAGUGUUUAGGUCCUUUGAAUUUGAGGGACCUCAAGAAUUUGGAGACCAGAGUUGAGAGAGCAAUUGGCAAAAUCAGAACCAAGAAGAAUGAGCUGCUGUUUGCUGAAAUUGAGUACAUGCAAAAGAGGCAGGAGAUUGACUUACAUCAAAACAAUCAGUUCCUUCGAGCCAAGAUAGCUGAAAGUGAGAGAGGGCAGCAGCACAUGAACUUGAUGCCUGGGAGUUCUGAUCAGUAUCACGAUCUCAUUCAAUCUCAGCCGUUCGAUGCUCGCGACUAUCUUCAAGUCAACGCACUCCAACCGUCCGAUGAUUACCAUAGGCAAGACCAGCCAUCUCUGCAAUUAGUCUGACAUGAUGUGGAGGCCGUUGUAUUGUUGCGUUUAUGAGCAAGUUCCCUUAGAGAAGAAGGGUCAGCUUCGUGUUCGAUCCAAAAACUCUUUGUUAUACUUAUAUUGUUGGUUAAUUAAUGUUUCUGUUAAUGUUGUAUUCUUGUAAGAUUGAGGCUCCAAUUUAGUUAAUAUAUAUAUAUAUGUAUUGAUAA